AUCGUUUGAACAUAACCAAAUUGGGCACAUGUCAGAAAUGUUAGAAAUGUAAACAGUUGACAAUACGUUACAAUCAUGGAUAUAAUAAUUGAUACGACAGGUGAUGCAGAGUUAGCGACAAGGAAUAACUUGGUAGAAAGUGACGAAGAUGAUUUGGACUUUGAAAAUCCUGGGACACAGUCGUCGAUAUUCUUUAAUAUCGAAGAGGAUUUAAUUCAGAAUAAUGCUCCAACGAAAAAAAAGUGCCGUGACGUAACUAAAGAUAUCGAUCUCGAGGAAUUUGAAAAUGAUAUGGGGUGGGCAGGUCCAAAAAAAAAGCAUCACAAAACAUCAGCUUCGGUAGCACUUUUGACAAAAGACAUAACAGCAGUAGAUAAACUACUCAAGAAAAGCGUAGUACAACCUGGUUUUGAACAACUCGAUGCUGUACCUCCCUAUGAGGUCUCUAAAAGGCAAUUGCAAAUUAAGAGACGUAAAGAACGUGCUGAAACCAAGGGCAAGGCUUGGUUCAAUAUGCGUCCCCCUGAGAUGACACCUGAGGUUAAACAUGAUCUUGAAGUUCUUCAAAUGAGAUCUGCAUUAGAUCCAAAACAUUUCUACAAAAAGAAUGAUCUCAAGGUUAUACCCAAGUACUUUCAAAUUGGUAAAGUGGUUGAUUCACCUUUGGAUUAUUAUUCAGGCCGUCUUACAAAGAAAGAACGCAAGAACACAAUUGUGGAUGAACUCAUGGCUGAUGCUGAGUUUUCUAAAUAUAAUAAACGCAAAUAUAAAGAGAUUAUUGAGGAAAAGAAGAAAUUGCAUUAUAAAGCUCAUAAACAUGCAAAGAGGCUCAAAGGAAAGAAAAAAUAACGUGUUU